GCCAUGAACCUCUGGUGCGUAUCAUCUGUCGCAUUGUCGAGGGCGGCUUGUCGAUGGGCGCCCUGGCGAUUGUGGUGGCAUUGCUCACCGCUGUGACUGCGUGCUUUGCCCUUGCCUUGGCCGCCGCCGUGCUUGCCGCCGCCGCCGCGGGCGG